UAACACUUAUAUGUCCACCGCUCAUUUGAUAUAAAUUAGUGGAUUGUUUCUAUAGUGACGUUUUCAACAUACUUCAUUUCGACAAGUUGGUAGAUACUUAUGUUUCUAUGGUAGGCAUUAAGGUAAACAAAAACAGAGCGAAUACCAUUGUAGAACAUUUUAGUCAGGAUGAACAGAAAAAAUAACUGUUGAAAUGAGUGGGAAGCUUGAUGACAUUCUGGUCGAUAUUUCCAAUGAAUAUUUAGACUCGUUGGCAGACAUAUACAGGAAAUCCGGGAAUAUUCCUUAUGCCAGUAGUCUUUUAAGGCAUGGCAAAAAACUGAUAGAUGAAGGAAAAAAUUUUAUAACCUUCAUGUCUUCUGGAGAAAGCUGGAAACAAGAUGGUACUUUCUUUGCUUUAAUGCAGUUCCCUCACAGAUAUCAAGUUGUAGUUUUGACACUAUCGGCCAGUGGCGAAAAAAUUUAUGACAUUUUAAUGAAAACAAAGAGGAUAGAUUUCGAUGAACAUAAGGUGGUGUUUUACGCCUUACCCAGCAGCCUUUACCCAGCAAUAUUACGUGUAAUUGAAGAUAAGGCCCUGAAAAUUGAAAAAACUAAUAUAAAUUAUAUCUAUACCAUAUCGAAAGAGGAUGCCAUGAAGUUUCAAGUAGAGUAUCCUCCUGGCAUAAAAUCAGCAAAACUUGAAAAAUGCCAUUCUAACAUAGUGAACACAUUUUGGUCCAACGCAUUUCCAGGGUCCGACGAGUAUGUCACAGCUUUUAUUGAAAACAAUGGAGGAAUAGGUUUAUUUUUUGAAUCAACCAAUGAACUGGUGUCCUGGGUGUUGAAAACUGGUGUGGGAAAAAUAGGACUGCUUCAAACGGCACAGAAUCAUAGAAAAAAGGGUUAUGCAUCAAUUCUCACGAAACUGUUGAGUAAGCAAAUAGCGGAGGGAGGUGAAAAUCCAAACACGAAUGUUCUGAUCACCAAUAAAGCGUCAAUUAAAUUAAUGGAGAAACUGGGAAUGCAAAACGUUGGAACGUGCUAUUACAUCACUCUAUUUAAACGAGAUACUAUCCCUUAACAGAUAAUUCAGCAGGAGAAUACAGUGUUGACUCUACCGAGUACAUUUACUUUUGAAGAUGAAAUCAAAUAAAAUAAGCAGAAUACUUUUAAAACAUA